AUGGAGGUGGAGGGCGUGCAGCGGCUCUUGCUUCUUGGGGACAGCGCUCAGCUGGAGAGCCUCAGGCAGGGAGCGGGAGCGGGAGCGGGAGCAUCCGUUGCAAGCUGCGAUCAUUGCCGAUCAUUGUCACCCUGCGCGACGGCCUCGCGUAAUUCCGCCCGAGUCUCCGAGAUGAACACUUCCACGCAGAGUAACAAACCAGACCAGACCUGCCGCCGAGUCACCAAGCUGUACCGGCGCGAUUCGUUUGCAAUGCCUCCAGCCAAAAAGCGCAGAAAUGGCGCGUUGAAGCGUGUCUUGCACGCUGAACCGCCCAAGCCGGAACCGAUGCAACGUCGCUUGCCCAAGGCUGCCCGGAGAGAUCCCUAUGCGAUGGACGAGUCUCCCGAAAAGCCGAUGGCCUCUCGAAAGCGAGUUGUCAUGCCGGGUGCCGAGAUCUCUCCUCUGAAGAAGCGCAAGGCCGGUCCAAAGCCCGACGCUGCUGCACAGAACCCGGUCGAUGCUGAGCAGGUGGCGCCGACGAAGCAUUCAAAAGUGAGCGUGACUCCAAGAGCAGAGCGUGAAUCCCCUCGGAAAGCUACUCGACGACGUGGACCCAAGGACCAUGAGCCGCACCCGGGUCGUCGUCUGGCCCAAGAACAAGCCUCGGAGCAAUUUGAAGGCGACGAUGCUAGCUCAGAUGGAUUGUCUGUUGGACAGCACGAUCCGGAACGUGGACGAAAGGUAGCAGACGCAGAAUCACUCCGGCCUUCAGAACAGCAGACCACGCCUCAGCGCAAACGCGGACGACCGCCGAAGGCACCUUCCAGCGCUGAAGGCACAAAUGGAGUGCAGUUGGAAGAGAUAAUUGCAGACAUCGAGCCGAGCUCGGCCAAGAGACGAUCGCCCAGAUUGACAAUGAAGGAAAAGCUUGCAAAACUGGGCAACCAUUCAAAUGCGCCUAUGCCACCUAUUGAAAGAAUCGGAACUAGCGAAGUGGUUUUUCCCGAAGAAGAAAACCAGCCAUUCGCAGACAAUUCGACUCAAGUUGGUGACGAAGACGCCGAUGGUGGGAUCGUCGAGGAGAAGUCGACGAGAGCUCACGCAAAGGGGAAACUGCGAUCCCCAGCUAAAUUUCGACGAGAUCCAGAUGAACAGCUCUCAUCAUCCGAUGAAAGUCAGCACGCCAAUGCAGAGGACAAGGCUACGAAUGCCCAUUUCCUCGGGCAAUGGCCUGUUCUGAGGAAGAUCUUCGCUGCUGCCCGAAGAAGGAACAUUCGUUCAAAAAGUGGCAAGAAGCGCAGUAACGACAAUGUAGAAAUGGAGGAGGAUGUCGCCGAAGCGCUGCAUGCGUGUUGCCAAGUGGAAUACAAGCUCACUCGCUUGAGGGAUACAGAGCAUGCCACCGAGCAGAUCCAGGACCCGUCUAACGAGCUCAAUGAUCUCAUGGAAAGGAUCAAUAUCCUCUGUAACAAGGAACGAGGAUCUCAAGCUGAUCUGGACGACGAGAAUUUGGCUCGGUGCAUCUAUGUCCAUCUCAUCGACAAGGUCGUAGAUCUCCUACGUCAUAUGAUGUCUUGCUACAAGACAAUCGAUCAAGAUGACUCGGUCCUAGCCAGCACUAUGAGCCUUGCACAUACUCGCACGUGCACGCGUGUGAUGAAUACGAUUUUGGAAAUGGGGAGAGUUGCAAAGAAACGCAAGCUCCCGUCCGCCAACGAGCGCUUGAGGAAGUCGAUCGAAAAGGACAUCCUGCGACCGCUAGGCAAGGUGGUCAAAGUCUUCAUCUCAUACUUGUCUGUCAUCACACGUCAACAGCAACUCGAGGAAGCUCAGGCUCAGGAAAGACAGGAGCGUGAGCAGCUGCGAUUGGAACGACGGCGGAAGAGAGAGGAGCGACGUGAAAGAGACCAAUAUGAAGAUCUCCGGAAGAAAUGGGGAAUGCUGCACACCGAAAGACGACGCGCAGAAGGCGGCUGCUUGACCAUGGCAAAGCAGCGACAUCUUCAAUACAAAGAGUCCGAGCCGGAAGUCGACCAGAACGGCAAUCUGUUUGAACGAGUAGAAGUUUUCAGGACUAGGGCACCGGGGCCGUCACCUGCCGCGAUAGCUCAAAUUCGUGCGGGCAAGACCUUCAGACCUUGGUCGAGUGAGGCUUUGCUUGCUCUCGUGAAUGGCUUGAAGCGCUGGUCUGACGAUGAGGAGAUGGUUUUCACGAGGAUUAUCAGGGAACACUGCACGCGUGGAGGACUCCUUGUGGAUCGCAACGUGACCGAGAUUGUUGUGGCUGCGGCGGAUCUGAAAGAGCUUUUGUCACGUUCUCAGGAGCAGAAUGAUGGCCAUGUGCAGGACUGGGUGCGAAAGAUACCACUUUGGACUGAGCCACGGUCCUUGCUCAGACCUGUGGGUCAAGAAAAUGGCGAAGAGGAAGAUGCCGAUGAUACCGAUGAGGUGGAAGCGGAGGCAGAAGAAGACGUGGAAGCCGCCAUGCAUAAUUGCAAUGCCAUUCCAUGGGGUGGAAUAGCAGUAAUGCCACAUCCGCCUUCACGAAUAUCUAUUGCCAACCCGAUGCAAAUAAUCACAUACUACAGACUUGUGUUUUGUACGCACCACAACGCCGAGUUCGUUCCGCGACGGCAGCACUCCCUGAGUUCUGUACGAGCCUCCCCAAAUACUCUCUCUUCGCAGCCAUACCCUCGCCUCUUGAGGAUGCGCCGACUGGUAGACGCAAGUCUCGCAGCUUCUCGUUCUCUUCCUGCAUAG